CCCACUCCUCCGCCCCGGCGGCCACCUGUAGCCGCUACUGCAGCUGCGGCCGCCGGGCACGAGGGCAGAAGGGACGCCGCCGCCGCCGCCGGAGCAGCCGAGCCAGGCUGAGAGGCUGCCCGAGUCGGCGGCGAAGCACUCGGCGGACCGGUUCCCCUGCUUGGCUGGCGUGGCGACUUCCCGGCCCGCGGCGGCGCUUUGCAUCUGGGCAGCCCAGGAGGAGGAGCAGCAGGAGGGAGGCGCCUCCGCCGCCGUCGAGGAUCCGCGGAGCCCCGUCCAUGCCCCUGCCCCUGCUGCCGCCGCCGGCAUGGCCAAGAACACGUCGCUGCACUUCCGCGUGGUGGAGGGAAGGGACCUGCCCGCCAAGGACGUGUCUGGCACCAGCGACCCCUACUGCAUCAUCAAGGUUGACAACGAGGUGGUGGCCAGGACUGCAACGGUGUGGAAGAACUUGAACCCCUUCUGGGGAGAGGAAUAUACCCUGCACCUCCCCAUGGGGUUCCACAACCUCUCCUUCUAUGUUCUGGAUGAAGACACCAUCGGGCACGAUGAUGUCAUUGGCAAGAUCUCCCUCAGCAAAGGCUUCAUCUCUUCCCAUCCGCGGGGAAUUGACAGCUGGCUCAACUUGAGUCGGGUGGACCCCAACGAGGAGGUGCAGGGGGAGAUCUCGCUGGAGCUGCAGGUGCUGGAGGAGGCCCAGAAGCAGGUGCUCUGCUGCCAUGUCAUCGAAGCCAGAGACCUCGCUCCCCGGGACAUCUCUGGCACCUCAGACCCGUUUGCCCGGGUGCUGUGGAACGGGCAGGUCCUGGAAACAGCCAUCAUCAAGAAGACCCGCUUCCCACACUGGGACGAGCUGCUGGAAUUUGUCCUGGAGGAGGGGACGGCCGGAGAGACCCCCUUUGUGGUGGAAGUGUGGGACUGGGACAUGGUGGGCAAAAAUGACUUCCUGGGGCGGGUCGAGUUCUCUUUGGACGUCCUCCAGAAGGCCCCUCUGAAAGGAUGGUACCGGCUUCUUCCCUUCCCUGGUGCAGAGGAGGAUGCUGGGGGGAAGCUGGGGGCCCUGAGGCUGCGGGUUCAGCUCGCUGAGGACAGGAUCCUGCCCUCCAAGUAUUACCAGCCGCUCAUAGACCUGCUGGUGGAGUCCGUCUUGUGCCCUCCAGAGGGGAAGGAGGAGCUCACGGCCCUGGACCUGCUGGAAGAGAUCUGCUCGGUGGACAGUCGCCAGGAUGUGGCCACCAAGCUGGUCAAGAUCUUCCUUGGACAAGGCCUGGUGGUGCCCCUCCUGGACUACCUGAAUGCCGGGGAGGCUUCCAGGACAACCGAUCCAAACACUCUUUUCCGCUCCAACUCACUGGCCUCAAAAUCCAUGGAGCAGUUCAUGAAGGUGGUGGGAAUGCCUUACCUCCAUGACGUGUUGAAGGCCAUAAUUAACCGGAUCUUUGAGGAGAAGAAGUAUGUGGAACUGGAUCCGUGCAAGAUAGAGCUAAGCCGGACCAGGAGGAUCUCCUUCAAGAGCUCCCUGUCCGAGGCCCGGAUCCAAGAGAGCAGCCUGGAGGUGCUGAAGGGCUACCUGCGGGACAUUGUGGAGGCCAUUGUGGGCUCGGUGGAGAGGUGCCCCCCCACCAUGAGGGUGUCUUUCAAGCACCUGCACAAGCAAGUGGAGAAAUGCUUCCCCGGGAUGGAGAACCAGGAUGCCAAGUACGUUGCCAUCAGUGGCUUCCUCUUCCUCCGCUUCUUUGCUCCGGCCAUCCUGACCCCGAAGCUCUUCAGCCUCCGCGAGCAGCAUGCCGACACCCAGACCAGCCGCACCCUCCUGCUUUUGGCCAAGGCCGUGCAGAGCAUUGGCAACCUGGGGCUGCAGGUGGGCCGCGGCAAGGAGCAGUGGAUGGAGCCCUUGCACCCCUUCAUCCUGGCCAGCGUGGGGCAAGUCAAGGACUUCCUGGACAGGCUCGUCGACGUGGAGGCCGAGAAUGAAGGCCGUGAGAAGGAGCCCUGGGCCCCCUUCCACCCCUCGGCCACCAUCAAGGAGGGCUACCUGAACAAGCGCAGGGCUGACGGCCUCCACCUGGUCUCCCGGUUCACCUUCAAGAAGCGCUACUUCUGGCUGAGCAACGAGACCCUCACCUACGCCAAGUCUCCUGAAUGGCAGGUGCGCACAUCCAUCCCCGUCCAGCGGAUCUGUGCCGUGGAGCGCGUCGACGAGAAUGCCUUCCAGCAGCCGCACAUGAUGCAAAUAACGACACGGGACAACGGAGGCCAGUUGCUCACCAUGUACAUCCAGUGUAAGAACGUCAACGAACUCAACCAGUGGCUCUCGGCCGUCCGCAAGGCCACCAUCUCCAACGAGUGGAUGCUCCCUUUCUGCCACCCGGGCACCUUCCGGGGCAACCGCUGGACGUGCUGCUUGCAGACGGAUCGUGCCGUUCGUGGCUGCAGCCGCACGCAUUCUGCUGUGACACUCGGCGACUGGAGUGAUCCUCUGGACCCAGACACGGAGGCCCAGGUGAUAUACAGGCAGCUUCUGCUGGGCAGAGACAAGCUCAGGGAGAAAUGCGUGGAGUUGUCCAGGGCAGCAGCCACCGGGAUGGAGCCAGGCCACGGAGCCCCCCAAGACACCCGCGCCCGGAGCAGGCCAGCAGCCGCCCGCCUCUUGGAGGUGCUCCAGGACCUGGAGUGCGCACACCGAGCCUUUGAGGACCAGGAGCAGGAGGAGGAAGAGGCAGCAGCAGCCCAGCCCGUGCCCUGCCCCUGAGGGCCCGCCCCUCGUGAGCCCCCACCUGUGGCUCCUCUGUAUCGUACUGAUGUGUCUGUCUGCCGUGGGGGGCGGGAGGAGGGGGGGCUCUGGGUCUCCCGCCACGUGUGUCAGUCGCUCUCUGCAGCUGGGCAGAAGAGUGGCGCUGCACCCGUUGGGGCUCUUCCCCUCUGAACGUGUCUGGUCUUGACGUGGGGCCCCUGGGUAGGCCAGGCAGAAGACCCCAGCGGGAGGGCCAAGGGCAGGCCAGCAGGGCGCCCCCCCCAGGGGCUUAUCUCGGCCAGCGGGUGGGAUGAGGAGCCCCCAGCGAGAUCCCAGCUGCUGGGGAGAUGGAGACUCGGGCCCCUGAGCGGCUGGCUCCAGAGGGCCCCCAUUUGGCUCAUGUGGGGGGAACCCAGCGGCUGGGGCUUCAUGAGACUCCCCCCCCCGGUGGCCCCACCAUCACUGCCGUCAAGCCAGCUUGGGGCCUGCUGAGCAGCUCUUUCGGCUGGGCCAGGAGAGCCACUCGGCUGCGCUCACUGCGUUUCCCAGGGCAGCCCCGUCCCCAACUCCCCCGGGAGGCCCUGCUGAGAGAGGUGGCGGCCACAGGCCAGAGCCCCAUCAAGCAGCGCCUGCCACCCCCAGGGGGCUGUGCGGCAGGCCCUCCGCGGGAGCUCCCUCCCUCCCUCCCCCCGGGGACGCCCAACGGCAGGGCAACCGCUCAGCAGGCCCCGGAGGGUGCGGAGCCAGAAUGCCCCGGCAGGCCGAGGGGGUCUUUCCCAGACUUGCCAAGCAGGCAUUGCUGCUGCUGCUGCCGCCGCCGCCAUGGAGCCCUGCCCCUUCCCUGCCUCGCCAGACUCGGACUCCUCCGGCAGGCCCCCCUGGCAGUGCCCCCAGACUCCUUCCCCGAGAUCUGGGGGGUGACCCCGGAGCCCUGGCCGUGCCCAGAGGGAGAGUUCACCGGGCCAGUCUGGCAGCUGCAAGGCCCAGAGGCCGGACCUGUGGCUUGGCCCAGCCUCUCUCCUGGCCUCCCUUGCAGGGUUGCUGUGAGGAUGAAAUGGGGGGGGGUCCCCAAUGAGCUGAGCCUCAUGAAGGAACAGCUGGGUGCCAAAGUGACGGACAGAUCUGAGACUGCUCCCCCCCCCCCGCUGCCCCUUUCUGUUCACCAUCCAGGAAAAGCGUCAGAUCUGACGAGCCCAAAACAAAACCAGGCAACUCUUCAGAAAUGUGAAGCUGCUGCCAGAGUUAAAAUGGCAUGUCUGGUUUGGGUUUUCCUUUUCCCAAAUGUGUGAAUUGCUGGCUGGUUGUUGUUGUCUAAAUGAAGACUUAAGUGUUUUGUUACUUGUUCCUAAUUGCUGUGACCUGCUCUGAGCCUUCGGGGAGGAUUCAAAAUAAAAACGCUCCUUGCCUUUC